AUGGCGGAGCUUUGUUUGAUGACUUCAAAUAGCUACCUUCCUCUUCCUGGGCUUGUCAUCUACCCUGAACAGUCUAUUACCAAGGUUUCUAAGGACUAUCAACAUAUUCUCCCCUUUCACGGGUCAAACCGAGAUUUGGCAAAGUUGGGCUCCUUUGAUCUAAAUCUGCACCAGAAAGUGGAGUGGAAACCCACAAAUGGGGUGUUGCAGCAUAACCAAUUUGUCAAGAACUCAUCAGAUAAAAGGCCUGUACUAAUUGAUGUUCAAGACACUACUACCAACACAAUACUGUUUAGCAUUGGGAUUGCUGAACAAUGCAUAAGGCGGGAGAGGAUCAUGAAGUUACUUGCAUCUGCAUCGACUGAAAUAGAAAGCAGUUUACUAGAUUUAUCAAUGCUCUAUGAUUUGUGGGGUCCUCAACCACCAAUCACAGAUUUGCCUCAACAAACAUUUGCUGCUUAUUCUAGAUGGUUCUUUAGUGACGAUGAGCCUCAGCAGUCGCUAAUAUAUCCAACCCAGGAACUUUACUUCAAGAAACCUAAGGUGGACUUUGUGGGGGAUUUAGUCGUGGGUGGCGAACUAUCGCUUAAUGGUACUGGAAUUAAAUUUAAAGAUAUACUAUCAGUUAUUGAUGAAUUGCAUUUGUUGAAGAACUAUAGCAAGUCAAGUAAGCAGACAAUGCUGGUCCCUUACUUCGAGAGGCGGAGAAGAGGAGCAAGUGCUAAUGCAAACAGAGAAAACCUCAAAACUGUGAAAAUUGCUCCUGUGAAGAGUCCCGAGAAAGUCAAGGAUAGAACCUUGCAGAAGAAGAAGACUAGUAAAAAAUCCAGUAAAGAGAGGGAUCUCUAUUCUAACAGCUACCUCCACGCUUGUGAAAGCCUUCUGUCAAUAAUGGUCGACAGGAAGCAGCAGGGACGAAGUGCAAUCCUUUCACUAAAGAAAUCUGGUCCUGAACUACCUCAGCUUCUGACCCAAAUUUCUGCAAGUAUUGCCGGGACAGGUAUUGCGGUUCUUUUAUCCGUCAUCUGCAAAGUUGCUUGUGGUCGGGUACCCUUCUGUGCCUCUAAAGUUCUGACAACUGGCGUUGGCUUCGGAUUAGUUUGGCUGUCGUGGGCAGUCAAUAAACUGAGGUAUACAGUGACCUCUAUUAGCAAGAAUUCUGGCAAGUUGGGUAUGAAGGAAGAGGAAAUUAUGGACAAUCUCGAUCGUAAUUUGAAGGACGUUUAUUUUGGAGCAGCCGCGUUAUUGGCAUUUGCUAUGCUGAAAGCUGGCAUGAUUUAA